UUCUCUCCCUCCGACUUGGACCCGGCCCAAACCAAGAAGUAUAGGGACCGAGCUCCGUCGCCCCUUUCAACGGACGCGCCGGAUGACCGCGACUAAAACCCCCCCGCGGUUCAAGAGAAAGGCGAGGAGAUCCAACAAAACCCCCAAAACCAAACCCACGGCGAUCAAAUCAGAGGGCAUCGGCGAUCAAACCCCAUCCAAGGCCACCGCAACGGCCGCCGCUCGUCCACAGCGUGCCACGUGUCCCGUCGCCCUCCCCAGCCCGGCGGCGAUUUUGCCGCGGAGUUUCUUCGAAAUCGACGCCCUCGACCUCGCCCCUCGCCUCCUCGGCAAGUUCCUCCGCAGGGACGACGUCGUUCUGCAAAUCACCGAGGUGGAGGCUUACCGAACAAACGAUACCGCUUGUCACGGUAGAUUUGGUGUUACUUCGAGGACAGCUCCUGUGUUUGGUCCAGGAGGACAUGCAUAUGUUUACUUAUGUUACGGUCUCCACAUGAUGCUGAACAUUGUUGCUGACAAGGAAGGAUUGGGUGCUGCAGUCUUAGUACGCUCCUGUGCUCCUGUGAGUGGUUUGGAGACUAUUCAGGAACGCCGAGGUCAAAAGACUGAGAAGCCUGUCCUACUUACAGGGCCUGGAAAGGUCGGUCAGGCACUGGGGAUCUCAACUUCAUGGUCACACCAUCCUCUUUAUUCACCCGGUAAAAUAUCUUUACCCGAACCUGAUAAGAUUCUGAUAGGUCCGCGUGUUGGCAUUGAGUAUGCGUCGGCUGAGCAUGUAAGUGCGCUGUGGAGAUUUGCCAUUGCUGGUAGUUCUUGGAUAAGUGCUCCAAAGAACACUCUCAGGCCUCCUUGAAUAUGAUCAGAGGCUCUGUUUAUAUAGGGUCUUUUGAAAUGUGAUUGUAUGUAUUUUGUGGGUUUUGUGUGUUAAGGUCAAAUGCAAAAUAGCUUGAAAGGUUUAAUGGAAUUAGAUUGUUUAUAUUUGACGUUACAUAUGAUCUUUGAUACGGAUUUUUCUUUUUUCUUUUGAGGAAUACUCGUAAUUGUUUCUUUGGUGUGCAGUAUUUGACGUGUAGCUUCAGGGUUGCCAGA